CCUUUUAUUGCCGCUUUGGUUGGUUGGUAGAGAAAGCGAAGGUGGAGGAAAGAAGAAAGGAGUAGGUAGAGAGAGUGGGAUCGAUCAGCAACUUGUUUUUGUGAUUUAUAAAUCUCAAAUCCCACAAUAAUUCUCUGAAUCUAUCAAGAAGAAGAAAUCGAACCAAGUAGAAUAAUCUCAAUGGCGUUAUCGAUUUCUUCUUCUACUGCUACUAAAUCUUUAGGAUUCGUCCAAACAUCAGACUUUCAGAAAUUGUCUUCUCCAAAAGUUUUGGUCUCUGUAAAAAGAUACACUCCCAGAAACCUUGCGGUAAAGGCAAGUGGAAGUACAUACGGGAACUUCUUCCGUGUUACAACAUAUGGAGAAUCUCAUGGAGGAGGUGUUGGAUGUGUCAUUGAUGGGUGCCCUCCUCGGGUUCCCAUCUCAGAAGCUGAUAUGCAAAUUGAUCUUGACCGAAGGAGGCCAGGUCAGAGUCGCAUAACCACCCCAAGGAAAGAGACUGAUACAUGCAAGAUAUAUUCUGGAGUCGCAGAUGGACUCACAACUGGUUCUCCAAUUCACGUCAAUGUGCCAAACACUGACCAGAGAGGACAUGAUUACAAAGAAAUGUCAGUUGCCUACAGACCUUCUCAUGCUGAUGCUACCUAUGACAUGAAGUAUGGUGCAAGAUCAGUUCAGGGUGGUGGCAGAUCUUCAGCCAGAGAAACCAUUGGAAGAGUUGCAGCUGGAGCUCUUGCCAAAAAAAUUCUGAAGCUAAAAUGUGGAACUGAGAUUCUAGCAUAUGUCUCUCAGGUCCACAAAGUUAUUCUUCCAGAAGACUUGGUUGAUCCCGAGACUCUAACACUCGAACAGGUAGAAAGUAACAUCGUCAGGUGCCCGGACCCAGAAUAUGCCGAAAAGAUGAUUGCUGCUAUAGAUGCUGUCCGUGUGAAAGGGGACUCUGUUGGGGGGGUUGUGACAUGUAUUGCGAGGAACGUUCCACGUGGUCUUGGUUCACCAGUUUUUGAUAAACUCGAAGCUGAGCUUGCAAAAGUUAUGAUGUCUCUACCAGCAACAAAGGGUUUUGAAUUUGGGAGUGGAUUCACAGGAACUUUUUUGACUGGUAGCGAACAUAAUGAUGAAUUUUAUACUGACAAGAGUGGAAGAAUCAGAACAAGAACGAAUCGAUCUGGUGGGAUACAGGGUGGAAUCUCUAAUGGAGAGGUCAUAAACUUUAGAGUGGCUUUCAAACCAACUUCAACAAUUUCGAAAAAACAAAACACUGUAAACAGAGAUAAAAAGGAGAUAGAACUCAUUGCACGUGGUCGUCAUGAUCCUUGUGUUGUGCCUAGAGCGGUGCCAAUGGUAGAAGCUAUGGUGGCUCUGGUACUCGUUGAUCAACUGUUGGCACAGUAUGCUCAGUGCGAGCUAUUCCCCAUCAAUCCUUCCCUACAAGAACCCCUUUAGUGACGAAAGAUCGAAGCUGCUGCAUGUCCAGUUUUUGGGUUAGAAAGGAUAGUAGAGUCCCGGAAUUGUUUUAUUUGUAGCUUAUUCGAACAAUUUUCUUCUAAGCUCAUAUUUGUUGCACAAAAAAAUCCUUCGAUUUCUGUUUUCCUCCGAAAUAAGAUGGUUGAGAAUUCCCUAGUGCUAGUAUUUAUCAUACAGUGCAUUUGCGCACCAAUCAAGGCCCGUGACUUUGUUCAGGAUGUGAUGACUUUGUCCAGGUAGUAUAUUUUCAAAGGAAAUGAGAUACUAUAUAAUUCGUUUGUACACAAACUUAUUAUAAUGACAAAGCUGCAUAUGUUAUUUCAUAA